AUGUCCUUGAACGUUCUUGUCGUCGGUAACGGUGGUAGAGAACACGCUAUCUCCUGGAGAUUGGCCCAAUCCCCUUUGGUGCUGAAAAUCUACGUCGCUCCAGGUAAUGGAGGUACUUCUACCUCUGACGAUAAGGUGGUGAACGUUCCUGAGUUGUCUGGUUCUCCUAAGCACUUUGAUGGUCUUCAGAAGUUCGCUUUGGAGAAGAACAUUGGCUUGGUUGUGCCUGGCCCAGAGCAGCCAUUGGUUGACGGUAUUUCUACUGUUUUCUCCAAGGUUGGCAUUCCCGUGUUCGGUCCCAGCGCCAAAGCUGCUACCAUGGAGGGCUCCAAGGCUUUCUCCAAGCUGUUCAUGGAUAAGCACAGCAUUCCUACUGCCCAGUUUAAGAACUUUACUGAUGUCGACGCUGCUAGACAGCACAUCAAGGAUGUUGACUACAAGAUCGUUUUGAAGGCCGAUGGUAUCGCUGCUGGUAAAGGUGUGUUGAUUCCAGAGACCAAGGAAGAGGCCUUGGCUGGUCUUGACGAGAUCAUGGUGGCCAAGAACUUUGGUGCUGCUGGUGACGAGAUCGUCAUUGAGGAGUACCUUGAAGGUGACGAAUUGUCCAUCUUGACCAUCACCGAUGGUUACUCUUUCUUCAACUUGCCAACUUCUCAGGACCACAAGAGAGCUGGUAACGGUGACACUGGUCUUAACACUGGUGGUAUGGGUGCUUACGCUCCUGCCCCAAUUGCAACCCCUCAGGUCUUGAGCAAGAUCGAUGAACAAAUCAUCAAGCCAACCAUUGAUGGUAUGAGAAAGGAUGGUUUCCCAAUGUGCGGUGUUUUGUUCACUGGUAUCAUGUUGAGCCCAUCGAAGGAGCCAAAGGUUUUGGAGUACAAUGUCAGAUUUGGUGACCCAGAGACUCAAACUGUCUUGCCAUUGUUGACCGCUGACACUGACUUGGCUGAGGUUAUGUUGGCCGCCGCCGAGCACAGAUUGGACUCCGUUUCCAUUAAGACCAAGCCUAACACUUACUCUACUACUGUUGUCAUGGCUGCUGGUGGUUACCCAGAUGCCUACGGAAAGGGUGACGAGAUCAGCAUCAAGGACACCCCAGAAGACACUUACAUUUUCCACGCAGGUACUGCUGAAAAGGAUGGUAAGGUUGUCACUGCUGGUGGCCGUGUUAUUGCUGCUACUGCUACUGCCUCCACCUUGAGAGAGUCUGUGGACAAGGCUUACGUUGGUGUUGAGUGUGUUUCCUUCAACAAGAAGUACAACAGAACCGAUAUCGCUCACCGUGCUUUCAGAGACGCUGAUGCCACUGCUGGUGGCUCUACUUACGCCGAGGCUGGUGUUUCAGUUGACAACGGUAAUUUGUUGGUUGAGCAGAUCAAGGCCAAGGUCAAGUCUACCGCUAGAAAGGGCGCCGACUCUGACAUUGGUGGUUUCGGUGGUUUGUUUGACUUGAAGGCUGCUGGUUUCGCCGGUGAGGACACCUUGUUGGUUGCCGCCACUGAUGGUGUUGGUACCAAAUUGAGAAUCGCUCAGAUCAUGGAUGUCCAUGACACCGUUGGUAUUGACUUGGUUGCCAUGAACGUCAACGACUUGGUUGUCCAGGGUGCUGAGCCAUUGAUCUUCCUUGACUAUUUCGCUACUGGUAAGCUUGAUGUUGAGGUUGCUGCCAAGUUCGUUAGCGGUGUCGCUGACGGAUGUGUGACUGCUGGCUGUGCCUUGGUUGGUGGUGAAACCAGUGAAAUGCCAGGUAUGUACGAUGUUGGCCACUACGACACUAACGGUACUGCCGUCGGUGCCGUUCACAAGGACAGGAUCUUGCCUAAGGUGUCUGCUAUGAAGGAGGGCAAUGUUUUGAUCGGUUUGAAGUCUGACGGUGUCCACUCCAACGGUUUCUCUCUCGUUCGUCACAUUAUCGACAAGGCUGGCCUUAAGUACACCAGCCAAGCUCCAUGGAGUGAGGGUAAGACCAUCGGUGAGGAGCUUUUGGUUCCUACCAAGAUUUACGUCAAGCAAUUGUUGCCAACCAUCCAGAAGGACUUGCUUCUCGGAAUGGCUCACAUCACUGGUGGUGGUUUGGUUGAGAACAUUCCUCGUGCUUUGCCAAAGCACUUGCAAGCCCGUGUUGACAUGAGCAAAUGGGAAGUUGCCGAGAUCUUCAAGUGGUUCGGCAAGCAGGGCAGAGUUCCAUACGAGGACUUGUUGAAGACCUUCAACCUCGGUAUCGGUAUGGUCCUUAUCGUGGAGCAAGAUAAGGUUGACUCUGUCCUCAGCGAGCUUAAGCAAGCUGGUGAGGAUGCCGUUGUCAUUGGUGACUUGGGCGCAAGAAAGGGUGACGAUGCUGGCUGUAUCGUUAACAACAUUGGCAAGCUCUACUAA